AUGCUGCGUCAUGCCGUUUCGACGGGUAGUCGACCACUACAUUCUUACUACAAUAACAGCUUGUCACCUCUUCAAUUCAAUCAUCGUGCAUUCUCCCAAGUCGUGACGUUUACAUUUGUAAAUAGUGAUGAUGAUAAGACAACCGUGACGGCAAAGGAAGGCCAAUCAUUGCUAGAUGUCGCGCAUGAGAAUGACGUCGAGUUAGAAGGCGCAUGUGGUGGAGAAUUGGCGUGUUCCACGUGUCAUUUAAUAUUUGAGAAACGUAUUUUUGAUCAAUUACCAGAAAUGAAGGAAGAAGAAGAAGAUAUGCUUGAUCUUGCUUGGGGUCUUACAGAUACAUCACGAUUGGGUUGUCAAAUUCCAGUCACAAAGAUCAUGGAAGGAAUGACAGUACGGAUUCCAGACGAGACGGAUAAUCUCAUGUAG